GUCUGAGCAAGAUUUAAUCUCUCAAGGUUGAUUUGGGAAGAUUAUUGUUAUGCCUUGUUUGUCGAGGAGAUUAUGCUUACAGUUUUACAAUGAGUCAGGGUCUAGAAACUCCAGUGGCUUUGGAACUAUUUUGCGAAAUGUUGGAAACGUUAAGUGAAAGACCAAUAAGUGGUAUUGUAUUGCUGCGUUGGUCUCGUUCGGAUAUAUUGUCUCUUAUGUUGAGCAUAAUGUCACUUAUUCUUAUAUCAUGUUCUGUUGCUUCAUACAGAUAUUCCUCCAGCUACUCCUGGAUAUCGAUUGCUGGGGAUUUGCUCUUUGUCCUCUUGUCAAGUAGCCUUUUGUUCUUAACGUUCUUAACGCGUUAUAAAAGGAUGAUUUCAUCUUGUACAAAGUUUAAGACAUUCUUAAGAUCUUCCGUCACUUGUCUUAGAAAUUUGAAGCCGAAUAUGCUUUCAUAUUCACCAUGUCUAAAUGGACUUUUAAAUGAGAUGGUUGGUUUGGAUACCCACCUUACUAUCCGAGAUGGAAAAAUCGUGGUCUUGCCUGCUGUUUUACUUGUUCCAGGUGAUGUUAUUAUUAUUAAACCAGGUCAGACAAUCUUCGCUUUCUGCAAACAAAUAAAUGAAAAUCACAUUUACUUUCCAGGUGAUGUUUAUGUCCCUCAGAAACUCAGUUGUAAUCUGAUAUCCACCUCGUUUACAUCCAUUCAAAAAUCAGAUGAGUCUGUGGUAGCCGUUGUCAUCCAUUCUCCUUUGGCUUCUUACCUUGAUAUCGCUUCUAGAUCAAGAGUUGAAAAUGGUUAUACGUUUCAACCGCUUGCUUAUAAAGUUGUGAAUACUGCAGUUUGGGUUUCUUUAAUUAUCAAGUGUUCUAUAACUUUCAUUUUUCUAACUUCAAUAUUUAUUUGCGCAUUACCUAUUGGUGAUCUUAGUCAUCAGUUUUAUCGCUUGCUAAUCUGGUUUGCCCACACUCUUGGUAUUGUUAUUGCUUCUUCGAGCUUCUCAUUGUAUUUCAUAUGGAUGAUCGCCACUGCUGUUGUCACAUUCCACUUCCAGAAUGUUCUUUCUAACUCUCAGGAUCAUUUUAAACUUAUUGAUGGCAAUGACUUCAAAUCUCCACAUGUAUUUUUCCAACCCAACAUGUCUAAGGCUUCCAAAUCAAACACGUUAACUUUUCACUCGUUUAUCUCCAAUCUUCGCUACUUUGGCUUUAUGUUUUACUUUCAGACGAACGUAGAUAUGGAAAAUAUUGUACUUACUUUGGGAACACUAAGUUCCGUGUGUUGUAUCAACCAAGAAGGUGUUAUAAGUCAGUCGUUACCAACUCCAGAGAAAAUGUUUUUCUUCCACAGACGCCAUCACAAUCAUCACCAUCAGGAGAGUUUUGGUACAAACAAGUCUCAAAAUGUCUAUAAAUCAAACUCAAAAGCGGAAGAACGUUUGGAUCAUCAAAAUUCUAAAUCAGGCCAACUAAACACGUCGGGUUUUCUGCGCACAAAAAAACAAUGUGUUGGACUUAAUCAAGGAGAACUUUGCAAGACUCAAAGUCCCAUCCAAAAUCAGCUACCCACUAACUGUGAUCCUAAUGAUACACCUGGUUUUCAACGAAGUGCUGUGUUCCCACUGAGCAGUUGUAUUGCACCGGUAGUUCUAGACUUACGAACCGAUUUUUAUCGACCCUUUUUAUCGCAUUUCGAAAGGCCGCGCUGGGAUCGUUUCCUUUCAUCGCUUAAACCAAUCGGUUUAUCGAUUCUUCUCAACAAUUGUCACUCUGCUAUUGCGAAACAGAGAAUUGGCUUUUUUGAAAAAGUAAAUGCAACUCAAAAAUAUUUCGAUUCUUCGUCAUGUAUUACUGCACUGCCGCUUACUUUCUGUCUGUGUGGUCUUGCUAGCCAGAUAGGAUUUCGUGAUGGUGCCUUAAGUGGUUUUGGCACUCAUGGAUGCUUGGGUGCUUAUUCUAUUUGCUCAGCCGCAUAUACUUCUAAUUCUAACGCUACUGAUGUGAAAAGUAAAUUAUCUUCCGAAGAAAUUCUCCCGACAAAAGAAAAUACAAAUUAUGACCGAAUUCAUUUGGCUUAUUGCUUUAGCUCUGUCUUCUCUGAUCCAAAUAUACAAAGUGGUUAUCAACUGCUCUCUCAAGGUACUGGUGAUAUUCUUGCUAGCUUGUGUUCUGAUGUUUGGGAUGGGCGGGAUAUCGUACCACUGUCAGAUAGAGAACGUGAACUAAUCUUGGGGUUCCACAAUCGUCAUCUGUCGUCUGCAUACUGUAUUGGAUUCGCUUAUUCUCCGUUGGUUGAUAAAAUUGAGGAAUCUUAUCGACUGUUGUUGGGUAAUCUCCCUAGUUCGUCAGAUAUCUUCAUGCUUCGUUUACCAGGAUCUGAUGAUAUUUCACCAGUAAUACAGCGAAAGGUACUGGAACACCUGGUUUGCAGUCGAUCAUAUUCAAAUCGUUCUCUACUACCGCGUGUUACGAACAAUAUUAACAGUACCAGUCCCAUUUAUGACAGGAUUGUUCGUGAUAGUGAUAUUUCUAGAAGAUCUCAAGCUAUUUCAAAAUCCAGCAGACCACGUAAUUAUCAACUAAAAUUUAUAAAGAAUAUGAAAAACAUUGGUUUUAAUUCCUUCUCUAAAUAUUGGCAGCAUAGCGAUCGGAAAAAAGAAGGGUGUGAUAAAACGGAAGGAACCUAUUCAAAUGAUAAACUUCUAAAACAUUCACCGUCAAAGAGAAGUGAUAGAUUUUCUAGAAAACAUCGAAUUAACCAUAAUCGAAUAAGUAGUAAUUUUGGUGAGUAUGAUAGUAACUGUUUGGUUUUGAAUGAAUUUCCAAAUGCUAAUUUUGUUUCGGAAACUGAUCAUUGCAAAAGUAACGCUGAUAACUUGGAUCAUGAUAAAAAGAGUAAUGUACGUAUUGAUCAGAAAGAAGUGGACGUUAUACUGAACAAUCAAAUAUUCUUAGGUCUAAUAAGUAUGCAGUAUCAGGCAAAUCCUCAAGUUGUGAAGUCCAUUAAACAACUUCAUCAAGCUUGUAUACGAUUUGUACAUUUUUCUCGAGAAAAUGAACUUCGAAGUAGAGUGUUCGCUGAACGUUUGGGGUUAGAAUGUGGUUGGAAUUGUCAUAUAUCGCUUAAGAGUCCUAAUUCUGUUAGUAAUCGCAAAUCCGUUGGUCUGCCUAAAGAAUUCCGUAAAAGCUAUAAAUUUUCAUUUGGAACUGAUUUGUUCGUCACUGAAGGAAAAUACUUUGUUGGUUCUCAUCAGACUAAGCGAUGGUCAAGUUCUCCGGCACUAGCAACGUCAUAUUUUUCAAAAUUCGGGUCCACAUCUGAUCCACAGUUCUUUCAAUCUACUCCAUUUCCUGAGUAUUGUGAAGCAAACUGUUUGAAAUCAAUCUCUCCAUGUUUGAAUUCCCGACAAAUUGACUCUGACUUUGAAUCUUCAUGCUCUCAUGAUCAUAUUAACAAUAAUUUCGCUCAUGCUGUGUCUACCAGUUACCUUCAGCAGAUUCGUUCAAACGAAAUAGGUCCAAAGGAAUCAUUCGGUUCAUAUCACUUGUCCUCGUCAAGUAAUUCAACUAGUUCUGUAUCGCUCUCAGUAGAUGGACAAAGUGAUAAUUCUGAAGAAAUAAAAUUGUCGGAAUUGUUGGUCAGGAACAAGUCCCGACUUCCAUGUGGAAUCGAUAGCAUACGCCCACAUUUAGAAAAUGUCGAUAACGUUCCAUUACAAGUAUCAUUGUUUACUGAUUGUACACCUAAAGCUGUUAGCGAAAUGAUUCAAAUAAUGAAAGAAUAUGGGGAUACUGUUUGCCUAAUUGGAAGCUGUUAUUCAUUAACCAACUAUGUAUUAUUUCAACAAAGUGAUGUAGCUAUUGCUGUGAAACCUAUUCUACCCUACUCGAAUUGUCAAUUUGCAAAUACCAAGUACAUUGUCUCGAAUCAAUCUGUUGAUCGGUUAACAAGUGAUCUCCAGUCAGAAGAGUUUAGUUGUUCGAAAAAAAACCCGACUUCUACACAUCAGGAAAGUGAUACUACAAAUUUUAAUACAUUCGACAUUGCUGCACAUCUUGUACACUUAGUUACACCUUGUCUUUUAGAUAUAGAGAAAACAGGAUUUCAUGUUUACGAUCUUAUUGUUGAGGCUCACGCCAGUGUUAAUAACCUCUAUCAUUGUUUGGUGUUCAGUUCAACAACUCCGUUAGCAGUUGGUUUACUACAAUUACUACUAUUAAUAAUCGGGUUGCCUACACGACCUGUUGUUUUGCUAGAUGUGCGAUCAAAUCUUCAACAAGGUGAAUUAAUUUGGCUGCCUGUGGAACCAUUUCGAUCAGUUAUUUUUGGUUCAAGUGAAAUUUUUGGUAAUUUAAGCAAAACUGAUAAGCACACUAACAUUAAUUUGUUACACUACAGUUCGGAUUGGAAUUUAGAACCAAGUCUUAGCAUUGGUCAAUUAUUUUGGCUACUUUUCAUUGUCAUGCCAUCUUUAACAUUAUCUUUAAUUGAUAGGCGAGUGGAAAGAAACCAACCGUUACGUGAGCCACCGAUUAAGCGUAAUAAACUAUUUACUAAGAAGAGAUGCUUACGCUUUACUUUAGUGACUUGUUCUCGUUUCAUACCGUCACUGUUAAUUUGUCUAUUUUGCGAAAUUGGUCAUCUUUUAUGGGCUCAACAGCUUGAAGAUUGUCACCAAUCAUUUCACAGUAUUUAUACAAAUAAGUUUAAUGGAACAAAUCCCCUAAUUAAGGAUCCCAAGGCAUAUGCUAAAACACUAUCAUCAUCUUAUGCCCUUCAAGAAUCAUGUCUAUCCAAAUUGUCUAUAUUAAUAUACAGUUUAAAGGAUUUAAUCUUCUAUCAGCUAAUCAUGUACCUAAGUAUGUGAAGUGGAUUUAGUUGUUUUUUAAUUUUAUGAUAUUUUUUCCAAUAACAUGUAUAUGCAUCGUAUUACCAUUGUUACUAAUUAUGUCAUCGUAAAUAGCUGCAAUGUAGCACAUGAAUAUUUUGUAGACAAUAUUGUCAUAGACAGCUAUUAUGAAAGGUGUUUAACCUAUAUACUCUGGUUUUAAGUUCGGUUUUUUCUUUAAUUCACUACUGAUCUUCAAAAAUGCGUAUGUGUGAUACUAUGGGUAAAAGUAUAGUCUCAUUGAUUACUUUAUGAUCAUUUUUAAUUAGUGGUUAUCUUUUGCUAAGUCAUAGUCAUAUUAUCUCUGGUGAAUAUGCUGUAUUUAAGUUACAUUCUCUAACAAAUUCAACCCGUUGAUUAGUCGUUUCUGUUUUGUGAUGUCUAUUUAAAUGGAAUUUAAUGGUUGUGUCUGUCAGAAAAACAUCUGCUUGGUCACUUGAACAAUCCUAGUAGUCGUCUUUUGGUCAUUUUAGCCAUCAUAAUAAUUUGUAUGUGUGCAAACUCAGUUAAAAGGUUAUUUAUAUUUUGAAUUCACGAGUCAGUUAGUGUGUUACUGAUUGAAAUCCGUUUAUCGAAACAUGUAGCAUAGUUGUUAGUGUUUAAUAAAAUAUAUAUUGCACAUUUGUAGGAAACGUGACCCAAGUCUUAUAUUUCACAUAAGCACUAGUCUAUGUUGUUCAUUAAUUUAAAACGAGUUAAGAGCAUUCCUUAACUCACCUAUCAAUAGUUGAUACUCAUUACCUUAAUGUACUAAUAAUAUAAUAAUGAUAACGACUUGAGCCGAUCCAUGCUGCUUCUUUCAUUGUUCAACACUGUAGUUAGACAUGGUGCUUACAGUAUUUGUAAGAUACAUCUAUGCAGUUUGGAGAUAAAAAGACCACUUUGUCUAUCACUGAGCUACCAGGUUAUGUAAUAUUAACGCACCUUAAUGUAAAUGUUAUAUAUAGUUUAUUUCUAACCAUCUAAAUUACACAUGGUUGGUUGAUUUUAGUAAUAUAGAAAAUGUAUAUUACGUUCUGAAUCAAUGAGGUAGUCCUCAAUUCAUUCCUCUCACUAUUCUUUGCUUAUUAAUUACAUCUAGUCAUUGUAAAAAGCCAUUUGCUUAAUUCGCUUUUUUAUUUGUUUCCAGUUGUUAUAUCAUUUUCUUAUGCAA